UCCUCCCCCCUUAUCUAUCGAGGAGAUAUCCCGCACUCUGAUUCCUCCUCCAACGGGCAGAAGGCGCACGGCUCCCAGGAGAGGAGAGGACUGACAAACAAGCAGGACACGAUGCGUGGACCCCCGUGUCUCGGGACAGCCGUGGGAUUCCUGGCGCUGCUGAACGCGCUGCUGUUUGCCACGCAGGCUGCAGAGGGGGUCUUAACGGACCAUCUUGUGGUGCAGCUGCACGAGGACGCACAGGACGAGGCGCACCAAGUUGCAACACAACAUGGGCGCCAGGCACGAAAGAUUCCCUUUGCAGAUGGCCUCUUUCACUUCUAUCCUCCAGAUACGUCAAAGAGGCGAAGCAAACGCAGCAGUCGUGUCAGAGAGCACCUCCAAAAAGACAGAAGGGUAAAGAAUGUCUUUGAACAGGAAGGUUUCAGUCGUCAGAAGCGAGGCUACAGGAAUAUCAAUGAUAUAGAAGUCAACAUGAGUGACCCUCUAUUCACCAAGCAGUGGUAUUUGAUAAACACAGGCCAAGCAGAUGGGACCCCGGGGUUGGAUCUAAAUGUGGCUGAAGCUUGGCAACUAGGUUACACAGGAAAAGGAGUUACCAUCGCAAUCAUGGAUGACGGUAUCGACUAUCUACAUCCAGACUUGGCAUCGAAUUAUAAUGCCUAUGCCAGCUAUGACUUCAGCAGCAAUGACCCGUUCCCAUUUCCACGGUACACUGAUGACUGGUUCAACAGGUAUAAGGAUGCUGGAUCAACCUUUCAUGACUGACAUCAUUGAGGCAUCAUCCAUCAGCCACAUGCCUCAGAUUAUUGACAUCUACAGUGCCAGCUGGGGACCAACAGACGACGGCAAGACGGUGGACGGACCCCGAGAGCUAACACUGCAGGCCAUGGCUGAUGGCGUCAACAAGGGGCGUGGAGGGAAAGGCAGCAUCUACGUCUGGGCGUCUGGAGAUGGCGGCAGCUACGAUGACUGUAACUGUGACGGAUAUGCAUCAAGCAUGUGGACGAUCUCCAUCAACUCCGCCAUCAACGAUGGGCGGACGGCUCUGUACGACGAGAGCUGCUCCUCCACCUUGGCAUCGACAUUCAGCAACGGACGCAAACGGAACCCAGAAGCUGGCGUCGCCACCACAGACUUGUAUGGAAACUGCACGCUGCGUCACUCUGGAACAUCGGCAGCAGCGCCGGAGGCAGCAGGCGUCUUUGCUUUGGCUCUUGAGGCUAACCCUAACCUGACGUGGAGAGACAUGCAGCACUUGUCUGUCCUGACCUCCAAGCGAAACCAGCUCCACGACGAAGUCCACCAGUGGAGGAGGAAUGGCGUGGGCCUCGAGUUCAACCACCUGUUUGGGUACGGUGUGCUGGACGCUGGGGGCAUGGUGAAGAUGGCCAAGGACUGGAAAACCGUACCAGAGCGUUUCCACUGUGUAGCUGGAUCCAUUCAGGAACCUCAUAAAAUCCAGUCUGGCAACAAGCUGGUGCUGACCAUCACCACUAAAGCCUGUCAAGGGAAGGACAACUUCGUCCGCUACCUGGAGCACGUGCAGGCCGUCCUCACGGUCAACGCCAGCCGCCGCGGGGACCUCAACAUCAACAUGACCUCCCCCAUGGGUACAAAGUCCAUACUGUUGAGUCGAAGGCCCCGCGACGACGACGCCAAGGUCGGCUUCGACAAGUGGCCCUUCAUGACCACCCACACCUGGGGGGAGGACCCCCGUGGAACCUGGGUCCUCGAGGUGGGCUUCCAGGGUGAGCAGCCACAACGGGGGGUUCUGAAGGAGUGGACUCUGAUGCUGCACGGAACACAAAGUGCCCCUUACAUAGACCAGAUCGUGCGUGAUUAUCAGUCCAAACUCGCCAUGUCCAAAAAGGAGGAGCUGGAGGAGGAGCUGGACGAAGCUGUCGAGAGAAGUCUGAAGAAUUUAUUAAGUAAAAACAACUAAAAGUUCAAUUCCAUGCAUGUUGCCAGCUCCGUCACUUUCUCCUGUAUUUUAUCUUCUCCGCAGUCCUGCUCUGUUCUCCAAGCCUCCAAAUCUCCUUAGUUCCUCUUGGUGUCCUUUUCCUUUUGUCUCCUUCUAUUUACCUCUUCUUUCUGCUUUUAGGAAACAAAAGCUUCAGUUUUCUCUGUUCAAUGAAUGUUUAUUGUACAAUCUUGAGAAAACUUGUAACCCUCAAAAAAACCUGUUGGACAUUUAAUGUGAGAUAUAUCAGCUGAAUUUUUACACUACAGAACUGUACAUAAACCAAAAAUAUAAGCCACAUUUUUGUUUGCUUUGCUGCCCCGCACAAUUUCUUCUGCCAAAUGUUGUACACGUUGUGGUUGUAAAUUAUUUUUUCUGUCAUUCUUCUUAAAAUUGAACCUCUUGCAAACGGAACAGUGACACUUCUUUCCGUUUAUACUUUUAUUGUGAAAUGAACUGUUUAUAUAAAUAAGGACAGAAGUGUGUUAUUUAUUUUGAAGAGUGUGGUCAUCAGUUCACAUUUCAUUUUCUUUAACAUAUAUUCUAUAAUAAAUCUAUUCAGCUAUUUA